AUGGAGGAUAAACAGCUAGGGAUAAUGAGAGUUCAUGUGCAAAGAGGGAUUAAUCUCGCGAUUCGUGAUUCCACCACCAGUGAUCCUUAUGUUGUUGUCACAUUGGGUAGUCAGAAACUGAAGACGCGUGUGAUCAAUAAUAACUGCAAUCCAGUGUGGGAAGAACAACUGGCCUUUACCAUCAAAGAUGUGACUGAUCCAAUCCGUAUGACGGUGUAUGAUAAAGACAGAUUCUCUGGAGAUGACAAGAUGGGUGAUGCGGAUAUAGACAUGAGGCCGUUUCUUGAAGCGCACCAGAUGGAGUUGGACUUCCAGAAGCUCCCCAAUGGUUGUGCAAUCAAGAGGAUCCGUCCAGGGAGGACCAACUGUUUGGCUGAAGAGAGCAGCAUCACUUGGAGCAAUGGGAAGAUCACACAGGACAUGAUUCUUAGAUUAAGGAAUGUGGAGUGUGGGGAAUUGGAGAUCAUGCUUGAGCUGACUGAUGCUCCAGGCUGCAAGGGUCUUGGAAGAGAAGGAUCAAAGAAGACAUCAUGGAUGCAAACAAAACAAUUGGACUAAGAUGCAGAAAUGAUAAACAGAGAUGUUGAAGAUGUGGUUGUUGUUGUUUUUGUCCUUCUGUUCAUGCAAAUACUAGUUCAUCUUUGUCUCAUCAGAUAUAUAUUUUUUGUUUUGUUUCAAAAGGCUCUGCUUUGGUCUUUAGUUACAUGUUGAAUACAACCCUAAACUCUUAAAUAUAUUUGUAUGUGUUUCUACUAUUGAAGAAAUAAAGCAAACCCUGAA